UGUUUGCUUGCUUUGGCGAUAGCAGAAAUCCCUUAAUACGUAUUUACUUGUGGCAGGAAACCGGGCUUAAUAGCCCAGUUACAGCGAGAAUUCUUCUUUUCUUCUAGUCUCUUUUUCAAGAUGACCUGCUUUGUCGUUGGUUUCGUUUUGUUACUUACAUGCUCAACUAUAUAUUCUCAAGACCCAGUUUUGGGUAAUAAGCUAGAGAAUGGUUCACUUGCCAGAACAUUCACUCCGGGAGCCUGCGGGGGAGGACAAACUUCAGUUUGUUCAUCCUGUACGUCACUUUCCCUGUGCAUUUCGAACAACGACGUAAUUGAAGUUCCUUGUGGCUCAAACUAUGCCUACUGCAGCCCAGGAGAUGUUGAAGCCAGUUGUUCAACCAUACCGGCCACUGGCUGUGCUCCAGCAGCGGAUGAAACCGUGGCCAUUGUGUGUUCUUCGGUCGGAAUACUUCCAGAUCCAACAAAUUGCAAUAUAUACCACGUAUGUCGGGCGGGACAAGACAUCUCGGAUGUCUACCAAUGCCCAACCGGUACACGAUUCAGUUUUUCGGUUCUUCGGUGUCAAGUUCAGCGUGUAACACCCUGUGUAACGGUCACGUGUGGUGCCACCAGUGGAUUCGUAUACUACGGAAAUUCCCGCCAGUAUUAUGCUUACUGUUCAGUGGAAAAUGUUAUGACAAGUCGCUACAUAUUCAAGUGUCCGUAUAGAGCCCGAUUCAGCAUGGAUACCAAAUCUUGCGUCUAUCGUUGCUCUGGAGUGGGAAACUAUGUCAAUACAAAUGAUCCGGCAACGUACUAUCAGUGCUACGUGGCCAACGGGAGGUACGUGGCUGUGUUGAGAAGCUGUCCGGUGGGAACCACCACGUUCAAUCAACGGUUGCAGUACUGUGUUUAGCAGAUUUUUACUAAACGUAAUGAUGUUAAACUUUGUACACAGAUGAUGCUAACAGAGGAUAUUUUCAUUAGGAAUAAUUUGUAAUAAAAUCUGAAGCUUGUCGAGAACAUAGAUGACAAAAGUCUCAUCUAUAUUCUACAUGAGCCUUCAAUUUGAAAUCCGAAUAGGGAUACGGCUACGGCUUUGGCUCCUCAUGUUUUCGGUCACAUAGUAGUUAUGGCGUUUUGUCGCUGCUCUAUCUUCUUAAAAUACACGGACACGUUUAAACUUGUA